AUGCCAGAGACAUCUUCCGAGGUGGCACCUGUCAUUAAGUCCAUCUUUCAAGGACGCUUUUUCCUCACGAAGCUGCUCGGCAAGGGUGGCUUCGGCGAAGUCUACGCGGCCGUUCAGACGUCCAACAACGAGAUGGUGGCGGUGAAGAUGGAAAAGAAUAACGGUCGCAACUCGUUUCUCUUUCACGAGGCGCGCGUGAUGCAGGACAUUCAGAAGACUCCCACAAAGGAUGGUAUUUCAGGCAUUGCGACACUGAAGUACUUUGGACAGGAAGGCGACUACCGCAUGCUGAUCAUGUCCAUGCACGGCGCAUCGCUCGAGGACUUCCACGAGAGGUUGGGCCGCUUCUCUCUCAAGACGACUAUCAUGCUGGCGGGCCAGAUCCUGUCGCGCCUCGAGUACAUUCACUCUGUGGGCUACGUGCACCGUGACCUGAAGACGGAUAACUUCCUUGUGGGCAAAGGCUCCUUCUCGAAUCGCAUCUUCAUGAUUGAUUUUGGUCUAAGCUCCAAAUUCAUCGACUCCGAUGGCAAGCAUCGUGACAUCUUCACUGGCCGGUACUUUCUGGGCACCUCGCGCUUCGCUUCGGUGCGGACGCAUCAGGGAUACUCGCAGAGCCGCCGUGACGACCUGGAGCAGCUAGUGUACAUCAUGAUUUACAUGUAUCGUGGUCGCCUGCCGUGGUCGGGCCUCAACAUCAAGGACCUGUCGGCCAAGGAGCGCAAGAUCGGUCAGAUCAAGGCUGAUUUGAGCUAUAGCCAGAUUUGUGCCAAGUGCCCUCAGGUGUUCGAGCACCUGCUCUUCUACGCCCGAAAUAUGGAGUUUGCGGAGACCCCUCAGUACGACAUGUGCCACGCCCUUCUCCAGUCCGUUUUAGACUCCAUGAGCCCCCGCGAAACGAUGGACUAUGUUUUUGAUUGGAACGUGUCAGCUACCAAGCCGACGCGUCAGUCACUUUCGUCGCGCGACGAGAUCGCUCCUACGAAUGCCAACGCUGCAAACCAGCCAAAUAUGCUCAGCGGUGCGGAUGGCAAGGGUAUGUUCUCUGACUUUGGAAGGAGUAACCCGCCGGAGAACAUCUUCAGCAUCGGUGGCCACGGCACAUAA